AUGCCGGAAGCGACUUAUGUCAAUGACGAAGGAUCCACUUUAUCACCUCAUCUUGAUCUGAAGACUAUUAAGUCCGAAGAGGGAGGGUCGGUCCCCCCACAACAAAAUCCGCUCGACUAUGAGCCGACAGACGGCGGUUUCAAGGCCUGGUCGACUGUAUUAGGGGCGUCGUUAGUGGGAUUAUGCACUUUUGGAUUCGUAAACGGCUACGGCGCCUUCUCGGACUACUACAAUGAAACAUACCUGUCGGACUACUCGGCUACCCUUAUAUCCAUGAUAGGCGCCUUGCAGGUGUUUCUUCUAUACAUCUUCGCCGGGUUUUCCGGAGCUGUAUUCGACGCUGUGGGUCCGCAUCUUCUUAUUCCCGGAAGCGGGAUUAUCGUCGUGUUUUCUAUCUUUAUGCUCUCCAUCACCAAGCCUCAGCAUAUAUGGCAGCAAUAUCUGUGUCAAGGGGUCUUAUUCAAUGUCGGCGCAACCUUUGGAUUUUUCCCUUGCUUAGCUAUCACUGCUCAUUGGUUCAGGCGUAAGAAUGCAUACACAACUGGAUGCGUUACUGCAGGGCCCAGCGUGGGCGGGAUUAUUUUCCCAAUCCUUAUGCACCGCCUUCUUCCCAAAUUUGGCUUCGGCUGGACGAUUCGUAUCAUUGGAUUUAUCUGCCUCUUCUGCUACAUCGUUGCGGUGAUCACGAUCCACCCUCGGCGCCCCACGAAGCCUUUCCCUCCGAUGUCCAGACUCCUGGACUUUGGAGCGUUCAAACACCCAACAUACAGCCUCCUCGCAGUUGGUGCGUGGAUCUCCAUCUUCUCCAUUUUCAAUCCGUUCUUUUACGUGGGACUCUACGGUUCCGUCGCGUUCGGCGAAUCUGGUCUAACAUCAUAUUACCUCGCCAUUCUCUGUGCGACUUCCAUCGUCGGACGCGUCGGUCCGGGAUUGAUUGCUGACCGAUUGGGAAGGUAUAACGUUAUCUGUACCGCAACACUCAUUUCCUCGAUUCUUAUACUCGCGGUCUGGUAUACCUCUUCCACUGAAGGCAGCUUGGUGGCCUUCGCUGCUCUGUAUGGAUUCACAUCUGGCCCUUUCUUCGCUCUCCUCCCCGCCUGUGUUGCGCAGAUAUCCCCCAUCGAACGCGUGGGCGCACGGAUAGGGAUGAUGUUCGCGUUCAUGUCCUUUGGCGCUCUUACUGGGACCCCCAUUGGUGGGCUGUUCAUUCGGACAAAGACGAUUGAGGACUUUCAUAGGUUGAUAUUGUUCUCGGGUAUCGUGGGACUGGGAGGAUCCGUGGUGCUGCUCUUGGCUCGGUUUAGCCUUCAACGGAAGAUAUUUGUUAUCGUAUAA